UACUCGAUUACUUUGCAAUAGCUUACAUAAUUAUACAUGAGGUAUUUGCCUAAUUUUUAAUUUGUUUGUUUAUAAUUUGUUUGUAUUAUUGUUCACCUAAAUAAUUACCAUUUAAUCACGUUUCAAAUCUUAUAAUACACAAUGACUGAAAGUGCUAGUAUGCCCGCUGUUGCAAAGGAAUUAAGAGAACUUUAUGCAAAACGUAGCUCGGUUAAAGGGCGCAUUACUAAAUAUAAAACGUAUUUAAAUUCAAUUUCUUCUAAUAGUUUAACACCACUUGAGGUUGGUGAGUUAAAAUUAAAAACAGAAAAGAUUAAAAGACUUUCGGAUUAUUUUGAAGAGUUGCAAAAUCGAAUAGAAGUUGUAAAUUCAGAUAAUAUGUCAUUAGAGCUUACUGAACGCGAUAACAUUGAACAAGAUUUAAUGAUAACAAUUGCUACAGGCUUACAUCUCAUAGAUUCUAAUGAAAGCAUCUUGAACUCAAGUCGGCCUCACGCGUCACGCGACGAGCGCGGUGACCAUUCGACUUCUAUUGUUUGUCAUCACGACAACCACGACAUGGGUUUCAAGCUUCCUGAAAUUCAAAUUUCUAAAUUUGAGGGUCACUUCUUCAGAUGGUUGGAUUUCAGAGACAACUUUUUAUCUUUAAUUCACAACAACGAUCGAAUAAAACCAAUUCAUAAGUUUCACUAUUUAGUGUCAUAUCUCGAGGGUGAAGCCGCUCGUAUAAUUUCUAAUAUUGAAUUAUCCGAAGCUAAUUACAGCAUUGCAUGGCAGUCAUUGUGUGAGCGGUACGACAACAAAAAACAACUUAUUAACCAUCACUUAAAUUCACUUUUCAGUAUCGAACCGUCGGCCCGGGAGUCCGAAAGAUCGAUACGAUUUUUAAUAGACCAUGUAUCGAAAAAUCUUCGUGCUUUAGCGACCUUAGGUCAACCGACCGACCACUGGGACACGCUUAUAAUUUAUAUCAUGUCAUCAAAAUUAGACAACAAUACUAUAGGGAAGUGGGAAGAGCGUCGUAAUAAUUUUGCCGAAGUACCUACUCUAAAGCAAUUUAAUAAAUUUUUGUCUGAUCGUGCGGAUGUCUUAGAAACUUUGAAUAGAAACAAAAAUGACAAGUUGAGGCAACUACCGCGGCCAAUGACUAGUUCAGUACGCAACUACAACAACUACAAAAAUUACAACAAUGGCAAUAAUAAUAAUGAAUUAAAAUCUUUUGCAGCUACUUCUAAUACAAAUUCUUACCGCUGUUCCGUAUGCAAGAAUGAUCAUCGUAUCUACGACUGUCCCAUAUUUUUGGCGAAGAGUGUGGGGGAGCGCAAGACCGAGGUCUCAAGAUUAAGGUUGUGUUUUAAUUGUUUGCGUGGCUCUCACUCUCUUCGUUUCUGCAAAUCUGGACCAUGUCGUACAUGUAAUAACUCACAUAAUACUCUUUUAUGCACUAUUCCAAACAAACAUGAUUCAGUCCCGACAUCCAAUAGAACAACUAAAAAUACAACUCUCAAUUUACCAAAUAACAACGUAGUCAAUUGCUCCACGUCCAUACAAAAUACUAAUCAAAUUAUUUUAUCCACUGCUUUGAUUACAGUGACGAAUCCGAAAACAAAUCAAAUCGAAAAGGUCAAGGCUCUCCUUGACUGUGGGAGUCAAUCUACAUUUAUAAGUCAAUCUUUGAAACAAAAACUAUCACUCGAUUCAGAGCCUAUUAAUACAAUCAAUAUAAUAGGUAUCGGCAACACCAGUUGCGAUGAAGUCACAGAAACUUGUACACUACAAUUAGGUUCAAUAAACAAAGAUUUCAAUAUUCAACUUACCUGUUAUGUUAUGAAGCAACUAACAGGUCAAAUUCCUAAAAUACCUAUCAACAUUCAACAACUACAAAUACCUACUGACAUACAGUUAGCAGAUCCAACUUUUGAUCAGCCAGCUCCAAUUGAAGUUUUGAUUGGUGCCGAUAUUUUCUGGGACAUCUUGGGUUGUGAGCAACAUUCUCUCGGCCCCAAUAAUCCUAAAUUAAGAAGUUCUAAGUUCGGUUGGUUAAUUUCGGGUCCUAUUUCAAAUAUUUCUAAAUCUCAAAAUAAACAAUGUCUUGCUAACGUAUCUCAUCAACUAAUAAGUACUAAAAAGAAAAUCGAAAAUGUAGACGAAAUCGACCAACAAUUAACAAAAUUUUGGGAACUUGAAUCAGUUCCUACAAAUAAAAUUUUACACGAAAAUGAAAUUGCUUGCGAAAACCAUUUCCAACGUUUUACUCGACGAUUAAGCACAGGUAGAUUUUGCGUUAAACUACCUCUAACUAACGAUCCUAAGAAUUUAGGUAACUCUUAUGAUCUAGCCAAACGACGUUUUCUUAAUUUAGAAAGACGACUAAAGAAGCAACCGGCUAUUAAGUCACAAUACAUAGAAUUUAUGCGCGAAUACGCUGAUUUAGGCCAUUUAGAAAAGUCAAAAAUUUGUAUUCCAAAUCCAUCGUAUUUCCAUUGCCAUCAUUCUGUUUUUAAACCAAACAGUGAAUCAACCAAAAUCCGCGUCGUUUUUGACGGUUCGGCGCGAGUUCUUUCCUCAGGCCUGUCUAUUAAUGACAUUCAAUUAAUAGGCCCAAAUAUACAAGACUCUCUUUUCUCCAUUCUGAUUCGAGCUCGUCAAUACAGAUACAUUUUAACAGGCGACAUAGAAAAAAUGUAUCACCAAAUUUUAAUUGAUGAAGAGCACCGAAAUCUUCAAUUAAUAUUAUGGAGAGAAGAUGAGUCUUUGCCUUUAGAAACACUUCAACUAAAUACUGUUACUUACGGUUUUGCAAGUGCCAGCUAUUUGAGUACUCGUUGCCUUUGGCAACUGGGGGAGGAAUGCGAGGACGAACAAAUUAAAAAUAUUAUACAACAUGAUUUUUACGUUGAUGACUUAAUAACCGGUUCCGACAACGAAGAAGAUUUACUUUACAUUCAAAAUUCUGUAUCUGAGGCAUUAAAAAAAGGUUGUUUUAACUUACGAAAAUAUAGAUCUAAUUCUAAAACUAUUUAUCAAUCAUCUACUAUUGAUUUUACUGACAAUUUAAGCAUAAGUGAGUCAUCAAGUACUUUGGGCUUAGGAUGGAAUCCCACUUCUGAUACUUUUAAUUUUCCUAUUCAAAACCCAUCAUACAAAAACUGUUUAACUAAAAGACUAAUUUUAUCAUCAUCUUUUAAAAUUUUUGACCCGCUUGGAUUAUUAAGUCCUUGCAUUAUUAAACCUAAAAUGAUUAUGCAGUUAUUGUGGCUCAAGAAAGUAGGAUGGGAUGAUCCCGUUCCUGAGGAUGUAAAACUAUCAUGGGAAAAAUUUGCAAAUAAUCUAGAUGCUCUAUCUAAUAUUCAAAUUCCAAGACUCACACUCUGUGAAUCACCGGUUCAUAUCGAACUGCAUUCCUUUAGCGAUGCCUCUCAAUCUGCUUAUGGUGCAUGUAUUUACUUAAGAUCAAUAAACCAAAACGGCUACGCUACUGUUAAGUUAUUGUGUGCCAAGUCAAAGGUAGCACCUUUGAAACCGACCACCAUACCUCGCCUGGAACUAAGCGCGGCUUUACUAAGUGCGAGAUUAGUGAAAACCACUUUGUGCUCUUUAAGAUGUCAGGUGAUCCGUCUCGUCCACUGGUGCGAUUCAACUGUCGUUCUUGGUUGGCUUCAAAGUAACGCACGAACACUUAAAACGUUUGUAGCCAAUCGAACAGUCGAAAUAUGCGAACUCACGAAUGCAGCUUCAUGGCGCUAUGUACCAACAGUGGAUAAUCCAGCCGAUAUGAUAUCGCGAGGUGUUGACCCACAUCUAAUAAAGGAUUUAGAGUUAUGGUGGUCCGGACCCCAAUUUCUCUCUAAACCUGAAUGCGAAUGGCCACAAUUAAAGGAUAGUUCCAAUCUCCCUCUACCAGAACUGGAAAUAAAAUCACAUACCGUUAAAAUUGAACCUGUUGAAUCUUUCAUACAAAUGGAAAAUUAUUCUAAAUUUACUAACCUAAAACGAGUCACAGCUUACAUAUUGAGAUUUAUACACAACAUUAAAAAUCCUAAAUCUAAAACAAUCGGUAAUUUAACUAUUGACGAAUUAACUAACUCAUUUAAUUUUUUAUGUAUAGUAGCUCAAAAACAAUCUUUUCCGAAUGAAUAUGCCACUCUAACGAAAAACAAACAACUAAAUUCUAAAUCAAACAUUCUCUCUUUGUCUCCUUUCAUCGACGAUCACAACUUGAUUAGAGUAGGCGGUCGAAUAGAUGCUUCUAGUUUAAGUUAUGAUCAAAGGCAUCCAAUCCUUCUGCAUUCAUCCCAUUAUCUAACAAAACUUAUUUUCAAUUAUUACCACAUUUAUAAUUUACAUGCUGGUCCACAAUUACUGCUUGCUUCUGUACGACAACUUAUUUGGCCUAUUCAUGGCAGGCGGCUCGCUAGAAACACAGUACAGAAAUGCGUCAUGUGCAGACGAGUUCAAGGUAAAACUCUUAAUCCUCUUAUGGGAAAUUUGCCAGCACAGCGCAUAACUCUGGAUUUUCCAUUUAGAUCCGUAGGUGUAGAUCUGGCCGGCCCAUUUAUGACGCUAAAUAGAAAAGGUCGUGGCGCUCGACUUGUAAAAACCUAUCUUUGCCUAUUCAUAUGCCUGCGUUACAAAUGUUUACACUUAGAAGCGGUCAGUGACUUGACGAAAGAUGCUCUCUUAAUGACGUUUCGUAGAAUGAUCAGUAGACGUGGAAAACCAGCGGAAUUUUUCUCGGAUAAUGGAAAGAACCUGGUCGGUGCUGCUAAUGACAUUAAGAAAUUCCUAAAACAAAACAAGGAAUCUAUUAUCGAAUUUGCAACUCAAGAACAAAUCAAAUUUAUAUUCUCACCGUCUUAUGCUCCUCACUUUGGUGGCAUUUGGGAAGCUGGCGUGAAAUCCGCGAAACAUCAUAUUAAACGCGUAAUGGGUAAUACACAUUUGACGUUCGAAGAAAUAAGUACAUUAUUUGCACAAGUCGAAGCUAUACUUAACAGUCGUCCCCUGUGUCCAUUAUCUCCUUCUCCUAACGACUUCCUAGCCCUUACUCCAGGGCAUUUUCUGAUUGGUCGUCCUAUCACUUCACUGCCGUCACCCGAUCUAACUGACCAUAAUUCAAGCAGUCUGCAGCGCUACGCACGGCUUGAGCAAAUCAGACAACAUUUUUGGAACCGUUGGAACAAAGAAUAUGUCUCCGAAUUACAAAACCGACUCAAGUGGCGCACCAACGACGGCCCCAAGCUCAAAAUUGGUGACCUUGUUUUAAUACAUGAAGAGUACGUGCCUCCACUUUCCUGGCGAAUGGGACGAGUUACACGGAUGUUCCCAGGACGUGACGGAGUUUCCAGAGUCGUCGACAUAAACACCACCAAAGGAAGCUUAAGAAGACCACUAACCCGAAUUUGUCCAUUGCUGCCUGAUUAGUGUUUGUAGAAAGAUAAGCCUUUCUACGCGGGGGAGGAUGUCAACGCCGCAAUGUUCCUCAAGGCGAUAAUUGCACAUUGAUUACCGCAGGCGUUUACUUUAUUGCAUCAUAAUAUCAUUUGUCUACCUACCUGCGACUAUUUUUCAUAUUGUCAUUCACUUGUGCCAUCUUCCAUUACAACGCAAUACACGUUUCAAUAUCAAAAGGCCUUUUAAUUAACAAAAACCACGAGGAUCAAGUCCAACAGCAAACACUUAUCUAUUAUUAUAAAGAUGUACUGACUACUUGUUGAUAUAAUUAGGAAAUAUAUGUUUUCAAUUCAAAUGUUUGUCUUUCAUUAAGUCUCCAUUUGACUCCUAAAUGGACGACCGGUCGCCCGUCGUAUCCAUUACGUGACAUGUAAAAAAAUAUAAAGUAAACUAAGGGCAAUAGGCGAGCACAGUAUCAUGCUCCGCGCGAUAGAGGAAUAUAAAGAUUGUUUAAAUGGCUCACAACGGUGGAUUAAAACCACAUUCCCUGACUGUCGGCUUCUUCAACGCAGACGGGCUCACCGAUACAAUACUCGCGGGCAGCGAAUGGUUAAUUUAUUUUUACUGAAAUUAUAACAUCGUGAGGAAAUUUCGUAAUAGCCCUGUGGAUAUGACCUCUGCCUCCGAUUCCGGAGGGUGUGGGUUCGAAUCCGGUCCGGGGUAUGCACCUCCAACUUUUCAGUUGUGUGCAUUUUAAGAAAUUAAAUGUCACGCCUCAAACGGUGAAGGAAAACAUCGUGAGGAAACCUGCAUACCAGAGAAUUUUCUUAAUUCUCUGCGUGUGUGAAGUCUGCCAAUCCGCAUUGGGCCAGCGUGAGGAGACUCGAGCUCAGCAGUGAGCCGAAUAUGGGUUGAUAAUGAUGAGGAAAUUUGCAUACAUAUGAGAAUUGUCUCUGCCUGUGUGAAAUCUGCCAAUACCUGUGACCUUCUACCUAACCCCUCAUUCCGAGAAGAGACUCGUGUUCACCAGUGAGCCGAAUAUGAGUUGUUAAAUAUUUAAACAGGGUCAAUAAAAAUGCAGUAAGUAUAAUAGUAAUUAUAUUUUGAUUUAAAUUG